AGAGGAGAGAGAAAGAGAAGGAAGAAGAGCAAUCGGAGAUAAACUGAAAUGGCUGGUCACAAGGUUGCACAUGCCACCCUGAAAGGCCCAAGUGUUGUCAAGGAGUUAUUGAUCGGAUCGGUCCUCGCUUUGGCCGCGGGGAGCCUCUGGAAAAUGCAUCACUGGAAUGAGCAGAGGAAAGUGAGGACAUUCUAUGACUUGCUCGACAAGGGUGAGAUUGGUGUUGUGGUAGAGGAAUAAGUUUUAAACAGAUCCUCAAAUUCUGCCGUUUUGAGUUGUUUUCGUUUUUCCAUUUGGCUCUUGAACCUAAUGUGGGUUUCAGUAUUGAGUUUUGGAGAAUAAAUUCCCCAUACUGCUAAAAUGUGGAUUGUACAUUUCUACUGUUGCUUCAUGUAGAAAUCAAUGUACUUACUUCGCUUUGUUUUCAAUUUGCCGGUGUUUCUUCA